AUGGGAAGAUCAAUCUGCGCAGCCCUCGCGGCUGGCAGCCUUCUCGGCUCUGCGCUCGCCGCCGACGUCCUCUCGUUCUCCGUCGACGAUGCCCCGAAUAACGCCUCGGCUGCUAUCGACCCGUCCUUCGCUGGCCUCGGUAUCGAGCCCUCGCAACUCUACUACUACAUGGGCGGCGCCGAGACCAACCAGUUUUCCAUCAACCUCCUAAACAACCUGGCAAACUUCACCGGCCAGCCGCCCUACAUCCGCCUCGGUGGCAACACCCAGGACUACAUGAUCUACUCAGCUUCAAACGAUGAAUGGAUAAUCAAGAACAACCCCAACUCGACGGGCCAGGGCCACAUUGCCUCCGAUUCCAUGCUCAUUGGUCCACACUUUUUCGACGCCGCCAACAGAUUACCACAGGGCACUCCAGUUACCUGGGGCUUGAACCUGGCAUACGAGGAGGACGACUACAUAGAUCAGAUCGUGGCUACCGCACAGCAGAUCAAGGACCGCUGCACUAACAUCAACCUCCGCAGUUUCGAGAUCGGCAACGAGCCAGAUGUGUAUCUGGACAAUGGCUUCCGCAAAGGAACCUGGACAGGCACCCAAUACAACAACGAGUGGACAGAGCGCGCAGCCGCUAUUUACAAACAGGUCCUGGAGCCCAAGGGCGUCUCGAGCAACUUCUUCGACGCGGCUGCCACGACGGCAUGGGUGAGCGGCACCACAUUUGGGGUCCAAGGCCUGGUUUCAGAAGGAAUUGAUGACAAAGUCAGUGGGUCAUCAAACUCGUACUUGGGAUCAUGGGAUCAGCACGACUACUACUAUUUCCUCGGUGCCACUGGCUAUCCCAUCACGCUGGACUACAUGCUGCAGCUAGACACGACCGAAACGCAGUUCAACUCGGCCCUGGGCCCGCAGCUCACUGAGGCCAAAGCCACCGACUACCCAUACGCCCUUCGCGAGAUGGGCGUUGUCGGUCCCAUUGGCCUCGCGGGCGUGAGCGAUACCUUCGCCGCGGGACUUUGGACGAUGAACUUCCUGCUGUACGCUGCUUCACAGAACAUCUCGAGCGUACAGUUUCACAUGACGGCUGAGAGCAACACGAGUGCCUGGAAGCCGACCGAUGAAGGCGGUGUUCAGCCCUUUGUUCGCCCCAUCUACUAUGGCAUGGCGGCAUUCGACCAAACCAUCGGAGCAAGCUGCAACGCCACAGUGGCACCGGCGUCUAUCAACAGCUACCCUGACGGCUACAAUGGCUACGUUAAGGCGUACGCCGUGUACCAAGGGGCUGGGCUAGGCUCGAUUGUUGUCAUUAACGGCAAGCUUGCCAACGUCAGCGCUAGCGACAAGCCGUCGCUGACAGUGGAAGUCACAUUGCCGACCUCCCUCGCGGGGCAAACAGUACAUCUCAGCUACUUGACGGGCGACGGCGCCGAUGCCACAAAAGGAACGACAUGGAACGGACUCAGCUUCGAGCAGAACGGCGAUGGAACGCAAUCGCAGGUCUCGGACGACGACAAGACGUUGACGGUUGGUAAAACCGGCAACUUGAGCAUCACGGUCCGCGACACUGAGGCCAUCGUAGCCAGUUUCAGGAAUAAGAUCGGUGCGGACACGAGCUCUGACGGGGACGCUUGCAGCGCAAUUGUCACUAAGGGCCUCGGGGCUACCGCUACUGCGUCGGCGGGAAGCGCUAAGAGCACUGGCACGGCGGACAAUGAUGACGACUCGGGUGCAGCGAGACUGGGGAGCGCGAGCUCGGUUGCGGUGCUGGUUUUUGCAUUUGCAGUGACGGUCUGGUUGGCUUAA